CGAUUCCGAAAGAACACUUUACCAAAUGUUGUAGUAAGAGGGACUGGAACCAUAGGGUUUAGAGAGCAAAGUUCAAAACAAAGAGGUAGGGUUUAGAGGCGAACAACACACAAUUGUAAUUUCCCACCCAUUUCCACUGCUGCUACCAUCGUUAUCUUCUCUUCUGCUCGCAACCCAGCUGUGAAAACUACUUCAUGUGCAGACUGUUGAUGAAUGGCUCUUCUUAAACCUCAUCAUUCAACCUAUUAUAAUUCUCUUCGUUUAAUCAUGUCAACAAGGUUCUGGCUACCCACGCAUAGCCUCUGUAUCUCCUCUGUCCGCCUUUCUCAACCCUCUGUCCUCCUAAAACCCAGGUCAAAUUUGGGAGCGAGGACACUAUCGACGAACAGAGUUUUGUUUCCAAGUCCUUUGCUAACCCCAAGAGCUUUUAAGUCAUCGUCAUUAAGUUCCGUUGCCGACGCCCUUAAAGAAAAAGAUGGUUCAGAAAAUUAUGGGUCUGAAAAUAUUCAGAUAUUAGAAGGUUUAGAUGCUGUGAGGAAAAGACCUGGAAUGUACAUUGGAAGCACGGGUUUCCGUGGUCUUCACCAUCUGGUUUACGAAAUAUUGGACAAUUGUGUCGAUGAAGCACAAGCAGGAUUUGCCUCAAAGGUUGAUAUUGUUCUACUUGCAGAUGGCUCAGUGCGCAUCACUGACAAUGGACGCGGGAUACCAAUCGACAUACAUCCAGGCUCAAAAAAGUCAGGAGUGGAGACUGUGUUGACUGUUUUACAUGCUGGUGGAAAAUUUGGUGGGGCCAGUAGUGGUUAUAAAGUCUCAGGUGGACUACAUGGUGUAGGUUUAUCAGUAGUUAACGCAUUAUCUGAGACAUUAGAAGUUACAGUUUGGAGAGAUAACAAGGAAUGUCAUCAAAGUUAUAUUCGUGGAAAGCCUCUUAAACCUUUAGCAUAUGAAGAUCUUCCACCUGAUGCAGAUCAACAUACAGGAACACGCAUAAAAUUUAGGCCUGACCCUGAAAUAUUCACAUCUGGAAUGGAGUUUGAUUAUGAUACUAUUGCUGCACGUGUCAGGGAGAGAGCUUUCCUAGUCCCUGGGCUAACUAUUACUCUCAAGAAAGAGGAUAAUGAUCCUGAGAAGUGUCGAUCUGAUGAAUAUUGCUUUGCUGGAGGACUUGUAGAGUAUGUGAAGUGGCUAAAUGCUGAUAAGCAACCACUUCAUGACAUUUUGAGCUAUAGAAAAGAAGCAGAUGGGACCACUAUUGAUGUAGCUUUCCAAUGGUGUUCAGAUGCGUAUUCAGAUACAAUGCUUGGGUAUGCUAACAGCAUACGUACAGUUGAUGGUGGGACCCACAUAGAUGGUAUAAAAGCUUCAUUAACAAGAACUCUUAAUAACCUUGGAAAGAAGUCAAAGCUUAUCAAGGAAAAAGAUAUCAGUUUAAGUGGUGAGCAUGUGAGAGAAGGGUUGACUUGUGUAAUAUCAGUCAAACUUCCAAAUCCCGAGUUUGAAGGCCAAACAAAGACAAGAUUAGGAAAUCCAGAAGUGAGAAAGAUUGUUGAUUCUUCACUUCAAGAAUUCCUUACUGAAUACUUGGAGCUGAAUCCUGAUGUACUUGACAAAAUCCUCUCCAAAUCCCUCAAUGCUUUAAAGGCAGCUCUAGCAGCAAAGAGGGCAAGGGAUUUGGAGAGACAGAAGAGUGUUUUGAAAGUGUCAUCUCUUCCAGGAAAACUUGCAGAUUGUUCAUCCACAGAUCCUGAAAUAGCUGAGAUAUUUCUAGUUGAAGGAGACUCAGCAGGUGGAAGUGCUAAACAAGGUCGUGAUAAGAACUUUCAGGCUAUUCUUCCAUUAAAGGGUAAAAUUUUGAAUGUUGAAAGAAAAGAUGAAGCUGCAAUGUACAAGAAUGAAGAGAUUCAAACCCUAAUUCGUGCCCUUGGACUUGGAGUCAAGGGUGAGGAUUUCAAAAAAGAUGGUCUAAGAUACCAUAAAAUCAUCAUCUUAACUGAUGCAGAUGUUGAUGGUGCUCAUAUUCGUACAUUAUUGUUAACAUUUUUCUAUAGAUAUCAGAGAGCUUUAUUUGAUGAAGGUUGCAUAUACGUUGGUGUUCCACCCCUAUAUAAGGUAGAGAGGGGGAAGCAAGCAUUUUACUGUUAUGAUGAAUCAGAACUUAAAACCCUUCAGAGUUCCUUCCCUUCAAAUGCAUCAUAUACUAUUCAAAGGUUCAAAGGGUUGGGUGAAAUGAUGCCAUUACAAUUAUGGGAAACUACUAUGGACCCAAAGACAAGGCUUUUGAAGAAAAUGGUGGUUGAAGAUAUGGCAGAAGCAAAUGUUACCUUUUCAAGCCUUAUGGGUGCCAGGGUUGAUGCGAGGAAGGAGAUGAUAAAAAACACAGCAAAGAAGAUGGAUUUGAAGAAUCUUGAUAUUUGAAGAUUGAAGUGAAGUUAUUAUUUGAGAGAAAUCAAAUUCUUUCUUGUGUUAUAUUUGAUGAUUGUACAGAAAAAAAAAGGCGAAUAGAUGGAAAGAUAAUGAGAGGUGGUGAUUUUUGUUCAUUUUUGGACCUAUGACUAUGCUUGUAUGUGUUAGAUUCAUGGCAAAAGUAAAAGACUUUUGAGUUCCUUAA